AUGGAGAAAAGUGAAAUUGAAAACCAAAAAUUGCGUACCCAAUAUAGGGUUCACAAAAUAAGGGCAAAAUGCUUUUUUGACAAAUUAAGAGAAGAUAACCAAGAUUUGCUAAUUCUGUCAUUUGAUUGUCAGAAAAAUUUACCUCUACCGAAAGUAGCUGAUCAAUCAGCGUAUUAUUCUCGACAAUUUAAUUCAUAUGUAUGGACAGAAGAUGUGGCAUCAAAAGGUGCCAACGAAAUUGCGUCCUGUUUAUAUCAUUGCCUGAAUCAUUCAAAUCUUGAUGGCAAAACGAAGAUAAGGCUUGUGGCUGACGGUUGCGGCGGCCAAAAUAAAAAUUCGAUAUUGCUCGGAAUGGUCGCUAAGUGGCUGCAUGAUACACAACAUAGUAUAGACCAGGUGGAGAUAGUCUUUCCCGUUACAGGACAUAGUUUUAUUCCACCAGAUCGGGUGUUUGCUAUGACAGAAAAAGAAAUAAGACGAUUAGAAACUAUAACAAAUCCUGAAACUUACAUUGACAUUAUGGGUUCCAAUGCUACAAUCCGACGUUUAGUUACUGAAGUACCAAUUUUCGAUUGGAAGUCUGCAUGUCGAGAUGUUUUAAAAAGCACUCAAACGUUACACUUUCAGAUAAGUAAAACGAAGCGACAUUCUGAAUUAUCGUCGAUAAAACAGAAUGUCGCAAAAUCUUGGUUCGGGGAGAAAUUUCAUAUAGAAAUGAUAUUUGCAAUUCACUAG